GACGUGCAGAACUGGAGUCCCCAGGAGCGGCCGCAGCAACACCAGCAGCAGCAGCAGACGCCGGCGCAGGCCGAGCCGCACAUCAAGCGGCCCAUGAACGCCUUCAUGGUCUGGUCGCGCAUCCAGCGCCGCAAGAUCGCGCUCGAUAACCCCAAGAUGCACAACUCGGAAAUCUCGAAGCGGUUGGGCGCCGAGUGGAAGCUGCUCUCCGAGACGGAGAAGCGGCCGUUCAUCGACGAGGCGAAGCGGCUGCGCGCCAUGCACAUGCAAGAGCACCCCGACUACAAGUACCGGCCGCGGCGGAAGCCCAAGGCCGGCGGCGGCUUAGCGAUGGGCCAGCAGUCGGCGCUGCUGGCGCCGCCGUCGCUGAAGGCGUCGGCGUUCCCGAGCUUCGCGCUGCCACCCUACUUCCACCACCAGCACCACGCUGACAUGUUCGCGGCGCCGCCCCCGCCGCCGCCCCCGCACCAUCACCACCACCACGCGUACUUGGGCUCUGCCUUCGACGCCGUCCAUCUGUCCAAGCUGGUGGCGGGCGACAAGUCAGGCGCGACGGCUGCGGCGGCCGCGUCGCUCAUCUCGUCCUUCUACUCGUCGCUGUACCCGCCGCUGCUGUACGCCGCCGCCGCCGCGCAGGCCGCCGCCGCCUCCUCGGGGGACGUGGAGCUGCGCCGGCCCGUUCCGGUCAUCUUCUAGUGUGAGUACUCUCCCGUGUGGACUCGCGAAGCGAGAAGGGCGCACUGCCCUGUCCUACCAAAGCCAAACUCUUGUGCGUCAGCACUACGAACGUUGUUACGUUAUCUUGUUAGAUGUCUUCAUUUCUGAAGCCAACGAGUAACCAAAACCAGUUUUCUACUUCAUAUUGUCUCUUUAAUUUUCAUCAGCUGGUACCAGCAGUACUAUAAUGUCUCAUUAUAACUGUGUACGUUUCCCUAAGUUCGCAAUGUUAAGUAUUUGUUGUACAUAAAGUGUCAUUAAAUGGCCUAUAUUAAGUUUACAGUCUGGUGCCUGCGCAUCCCUAAGAUUGCGUUUUACAGAGUUACACUGGAGACAGCUUUACCUUGCUUUUUCAUAAGAAAUGACAUUAUUUGUUUGUAUCCACCUUACGCUCGUGUAGCUCUUAUAUUUGUUCUUCUUACGUUCCCAUCAAGAUAUCAGAGAAAAAAAAUCACACAAAUAAUGCUCUCGUUCAACUGCAGUUCGCUGGUUCAUCUAACACACUGUUAUGCACCUAAGAGCUCUCCACUGCGUAAACGUAUGGUUGCUAGCAGUUAAUACAAAACUUAAUCAUGUUUGAGUUUUUCUUGGGCUAACUAUCAUUUUUGUAUUUUUCCCCCUGUUAACUGUUUGAAGGAAAUAAACCAGCUCCACUUCGCGUUGAAAUUCUCCGCGUUGCUGUGCCGUUCUUUACUACGUAGCAGGUUUUUGAAACUAACGUCAUUUUUUUAGCAGUUGCCUCAUUAAUACUUGGUUUAUUUAUUACUCCAAUAUUCCAUGAAUGUUAUCCGUUUGAAAAUUCGGAACUCCACAGUUAAGUUGUACAGUGUCACUUUGUUUUGUCCUCCAUAAAACGGUCUUUUCUCAUUACUGCAACAACUAACAGCUAGGCCACCUCUAAUGACACACAGUACUAAGCUGUUCCUUUAACAAUUUAUGCUCAAAGCACAGUCCUGUAUAAAACCCGUGCUAUUACAAAAUUUAGUGGAAGAACGAAAGUUACUUGCUGUGCGCUAUAAACGCUUAUUUCUUCAGUAAUGCUCCGUGCAGUUGAAUUUCAUUCGUUUACUCUGGUACCAUGCAAAACAAUAUGUUAAACUUAGGUCUCUUUACAAUGAGAUGACAAAGCUUCCACCAUUUCGCAAUAUGCUUGUAUCUGACCAAAAUCACAAUACUUGCUUCUAAAGUUUGUUUUAUAUUUGUACUGUAAAUAAUUUAACGAAAUUCGUUUAUUUUAUUGUCUGUAAAAAAAUUACGGGAGUAAUAGUAUUUAUUACUGAUUUUGUACAAAUUAUAUGAAGUAAUUUUACGCUGUUAUAAACGUAGAAAAAUGUGUGCGUGUGUGUCUCUUUGUUGUCAUUAAUGACAGCAUUGUUCAUAACCGUUUUUUUUUCACGAGAUCGCAUAAUGUUAUUGCUGUUAGUUGUACUAUGUAGUUACCGUCUUAUAGUGAAUUAUUACAUUGUACUAUGCAAAAUGAAAACACUUUAGCUUUGAGAUUACUUCGUGUUCAUCAGACAAUGCAAAAGUACUCAUCAGCGGCAAAGCUUCACUUGCCCGAUCAUUCACAGCAGUUACUCGAAUAAUUUUGUGCCAUACUGACUCUGGAUGCCAUUUGUAUGGUGGUGUUGACGUGCAUAAUUCAUGCACUUUCAUGUUGUAUUACAGUGUGCAAUUUUGUUAAUAAAAGGUAUGUUUAUACAAAAA